AUGGAUCACGAUACCUCCAACCAGUUGUCCCGCCCGGUUCGCCGCCAUACAUACCCCAUCUCGCUGAAGAAACAAGCCGUCGCGCUGCGCGAUUGCAUGUCCAUCCGUGAGAUCGGUGACCAUCUCGGGGUGCACUACAGCAAUGUGCGCAACUGGGUAAGGGUGGCCAACAAGUUAUCCGACUUCAAAGGAAACAAGAAGUCAUCGAACUUCAUGGACACCCGACGACACCAAGAGCGCGCCCUAACGUGCUCCCAUAUGGCCAAUUUCCUUAAGAAGCACCAGCAACAAUGGCUACAAACGUACAUUGAGCGCCAGGCCGACGGAUGUGGCUACGAUAACCUCUUGAGGCUUCUGCAACGCUUCUGUGCCCGUCAUGGGGCUGAGUUCGCUGUCCACUUUUACAGCGAGCACGGAAGUCUGCCGGACGACUGCGACUACAAUGUCGAUGAGACAGGGAUCCAGUACGACAUGCCACCACGAUACAUCUGGUCCAAGAUUGGUGGGACGCCGAAACUGUCCAAGGGAGAGAAACAUUCGUACCGUAUGACUGCCGUCUUCACGAUUCGUCGUGACGGCGAGAAGCUUCCGAUUCUCUUCGUCAUCAAGGGCCAGCCUGGCGGUCACAUUGACAACAAGGAAUUGCAAGGAGUUGCCACCGCUGCCGAGAUUGGAUAUGAUGUCUGUCCGCUGCCACCCAACGCCACGUCCCACUGCCAGUCACUGGAUGGCUCCAUCAUGGCGCCAUUCAAGCGCCCCUGCGUGACCUAUGGAUCGCCGAAGACACCAUUGAACACGACGAAGAAGACGACCAAGAUUGGAUGUCACCUGCGGCUCACGUCAAGCGAAUGA